GGAGGAGGAGGCCACAAGCUCAACAGUCUCCAGGGUCACGCCUCUGCCUGCCACCUUCUGGACCCAGUACCAUGGCUAAACCAGGCCUGAAUAUGGAACUGAAUCACUUGGUCCAGGACCAGCCACCUGGCCAGGAGGGACCCAGGCCUGGCCCCCCAAACCCAGCCGAGCACCUCCCCAAUGUGCCCAGCUAUCGUCCCACAAUCACCCGUAUUCCUGUCCUCGUUUCCCGGAGGACAACCUUGUCCAACUCCAACUUCGCCAAGGAGACCAUCCGUCGCCUGGUACCAGGCACAAAAGAGCACCCAGAGCUCCAGGUAGAGGACACGGAUGCUGAUGCUGACAGUCUCCCCCUCAUCCCAGAGGAGAAGGUCCCUUCACCGGACAGACCACCUUCUCCUACCAAAUCUGAUACCCUCAGGGUCCCGGGCUCCGCUGCAGCAGUCCACAGGAAGAAGCUAUCUUCUCAGGAUGAUGAAGCCGAAGAGCUCAAGGCACUGUCACCCGCUGAGUCCCCAGUGGUUGCCUGGUCAGACCCCACCACCCCACAGGAGGCUGAUGGUCAGGACCGUGCGGCCUCCACAGCCAGCCAGAACAGUGCCAUCAUCAACGACCGGCUCCAGGAGCUGGUGAAGCUGUUCAAGGAGCGCACGGAGAAGGUGAAGGAGAAGCUCAUUGACCCUGACGUCACCUCCGAUGAGGAGAGCCCCAAGCCCUCCCCAGCCAAGAAGGCCCCAGAGCCGGCCCCGGCACAGAAGUCCGCGGAGGCGGAGGCAGCAGAGGAGGAACACUAUUGCGACAUGCUCUGCUGCAAGUUCAAGCGCAGGCCCUGGAAGAUGUACCGGUUCCCCCAGAGCAUCGACCCGCUGACCAACCUCAUGUACAUCUUGUGGCUGUUCUUCGUGGUGCUGGCCUGGAACUGGAACUGCUGGCUGAUCCCCGUGAGAUGGGCCUUCCCGUACCAGCGGCCGGAUAACAUCCACUUCUGGCUGGUGAUGGAUUACCUGUGUGAUCUCAUCUACCUCCUGGACAUCACUGUGUUCCAGAUGCGCCUGCAGUUCGUCAAAGGCGGGGACAUCAUUACAGACAAAAAGGAGAUGCGUAAUAACUAUCUGAAGUCUCGCCGGUUUAAGAUGGACGUGCUCUGCCUCCUGCCCUUGGACUUCCUCUACUUGAAACUCGGAGUGAACCCCCUCCUUCGCCUGCCCCGCUGCUUGAAGUACAUGGCCUUCUUCGAGUUUAAUAACCGCUUGGAAGCCAUCCUCAGCAAAGCCUACGUUUACAGGGUCAUCAGGACCACUGCCUACCUGCUGUACAGCUUACACCUCAACUCAUGUCUUUACUACUGGGCAUCGGCCUUCCAGGGCAUCGGUUCAACUCACUGGGUUUAUGACGGCGUGGGGAACAGUUACAUCCGAUGCUACUAUUGGGCCGUGAAAACUCUCAUCACCAUUGGAGGACUGCCCGACCCCCAGACGCUCUUCGAAAUUGUCUUCCAGCUGCUGAAUUAUUUCACAGGUGUCUUCGCUUUCUCUGUGAUGAUUGGACAGAUGAGAGACGUGGUGGGAGCCGCCACAGCAGGCCAGACCUACUACCGCAGCUGCAUGGACAGUACGGUGAAGUACAUGAACUUCUACAAGAUCCCCAGGUCUGUGCAGAACCGUGUCAAGACCUGGUAUGAGUAUACCUGGCAUUCACAAGGCAUGCUAGAUGAGUCAGAGCUGAUGGUGCAGCUUCCAGACAAGAUGAGACUGGACUUGGCCAUCGAUGUGAACUACGACAUUGUCAGCAAAGUGGCGCUCUUCCAGGGCUGUGACCGGCAGAUGAUCUUCGACAUGCUCAAGCGCCUUCGCUCGGUUGUCUACCUGCCAAAUGACUAUGUGUGCAAGAAGGGGGAGAUUGGCCGCGAGAUGUACAUCAUCCAGGCGGGGCAGGUGCAGGUGCUGGGCGGUCCAGAUGGGAAAGCCGUGCUGGUGACACUCAAAGCCGGAUCGGUGUUUGGAGAGAUCAGCUUGCUGGCCGUGGGGGGCGGGAACCGGCGCACGGCCAAUGUGGUGGCCCAUGGGUUCACCAACCUCUUCAUUCUGGACAAGAAGGACUUGAAUGAAAUUUUGGUGCAUUACCCUGAAUCUCAGAAGUUGCUCCGGAAGAAGGCCAGGCGCAUGCUGAGAAACAACAACAAGCCCAAGGAGGAGAAGAGUGUACUUAUCCUGCCCCCACGUGCGGGCACCCCGAAACUCUUCAAUGCCGCCCUCGCUGCAGCAGGAAAGAUGGGCGGCAGGGGCGCCAAGGGUGGCAAGCUUGCCCACCUGAGAGCCAGGCUCAAGGAACUGGCAGCAUUGGAGGCAGCCGCGCGGCAGCAGCAGCUGCUGGAACAGGCCAAGAGCUCACAGGAAGCUGGGGGAGAGGAGGGCUCCCGAGCUGCGGACCAACCUGCGCCCCAGGAACAGCCAGAACCCAAGAAGCCCCAGGAGCCCCCAGAGCCUCAGGAGCCCCCGGAGCCUCCAGCCCCACGCUCUCCACCGCCGGCCCAGGGGAAGCCGGAGGGUGGCACGGAGGAGGUGGCAGCUAGGCCCUCGCAGCCCCCAGAUCCCCCGGAGCCCUCAGUGAGGAUCCGCGUGAGCCCAGGCCCGGAUCCUGAGGAGCAGACGCUGUCGGUGGAGAUGCUGGAGGAGAAGAAGGAAGAAGCAGAAUGAGGCACAUGUAGUGCCCCAUGAUCCAUGAUCCCCAUCCCCGGGUGCACGCCUGGCGUUGGAACUGCCUGCCUGGACAGUCUCGUGGAAACCCUCAAACGUUGGUGAGGAGUCUUGCACUCCUACUAUGGGUGGAGCACCCCGCCCCCUCCCACAGUUGUUAUUUUCAAGAAGAAACCUGCCUUGCACUUUUAAAAGUUUUUAGGAGGGAAUAGAAGAGGGCUCCAACAUCACGGGGUGCUCUACUAGAAAAAUCAAGGGUUGAUGAUAAGGCAGGGUCCCCACCAGAACCCACCCUUGGUUUAAGUGAUGGGGAAGAGCUGGAAUGGGAACCCAGAACUGGGGAAGCUGAGGCAGGAGGAUCCUUGGAUCAAAGUCAACCAGGGUUACAUAGUGAGAAUCUGCCUCAAAACAAACCAAUAGCACAACAGCUUAGGAGUUCCAAGUUCCUGCAAACACAGGAGUCUCGGUGAUGGCAGAGCAGGCGAUCCAGGCGCUCUGUACACUGCAGGUAACGGUUGGCAUUUUUAUCUCACCCUUUAAAGUUUUGCUUAUUUUAGAAGGCGAUGACAUUAAAAGUUCUCUGUGCUAUUCCUGGCACCCAUCCUCCCUGACCACUCUCGAGCACCAAGUAAAAACUACGAAAAAACCUAGUGGUUCUCUGUCAGCACACAGAGAGCAUCCUUGUAGCUGGACAUUGUGGAGCACUAGAUGCUGAGGCAGGAGAAUCACAAGUUUGAAGUCAGCCAGGCUUCAUGACAAUACAAUAUGCCAAGAAGGGAAUAAGGGAAAAUGCACUGGUCCAUUGGCGACGGCGGCAUAGUCCCUUGUUCAGAUGUGUGGUGACAUUUUGUCUACUGUUCAUCAGCGAGCAUUUGGGUUGCUUCCAAUCUCACAUUAUUAAGAAUAACAUUGCAGGACAUUGAGAGGGCUCAGUGAAUGAAGGCCCUUGCCACACCACUGGGCAUGCUUGGCGACCUGAGUCUCUGAAACCCAUGCAAAGGUGAAAAGAAUCAGCCCCACAAAGUUGUCUUCUGACCUUCACAUAUGCACUGUGGCACACACACACGCACACACACACGCACACACACACAAGACUAACAGUAAUAAAACCAUCUUGUACAGAAUGGGGUUGGCCUUACUGUAGAGCGCUUGUCUGGCCUGUAUGAGUCCCUGGGUUUGAUCCUCAAAACCGAAAGAAAGACUCCCCCACAGAUCUAAUCUCAUGGGCACACCUUACUGUUUUUAAGUGGGGUAAGUUUGAAGUCUAGUCAUAUUUUUUUAGCCCUAGUAUCCUCAUGUAUUAUUCCCAUAUCUGCCCCCUAGAAUCUAAAGCCCAAGCUUAGUAAAUGCUUUCACCCGCAACAGGUAUUUCAGAUGUUCCUCUAAGGUAAACAUGCCGCCCUUUAGUAGACGGCAAAUUGUUUUCUGACCUGCCACUGUGAGAUCCUGCUUCAUAAGGAAUCUGUUUUCUGUGGCUGCACCUACUCUUUUAGAUGCUGGUCCCCGAAAAUAGUCUGCUUAUUACAGAAAGCAAGAGGUUCUUGGGGUUCCUGGAAAGAACACUAAUUCUGAAAUGAGAUUGCCAGGGUCUUCAUUUCACCGAGCUAUCUCAUUCAGGAUAACAUUCUCGCAGAACCCAGAUAUUAGAUAAGCUGAGCUGGAGACAGGCAUUAAUCUCCAAAUUAAAUUGGACUGGCUGGCCUCUGAGGCGUGAAUGACACAGCUCAGAGAUCGCCCUAAUCCCGAAGUCAGAACGGAACGAGUAUGAGUGACUGUUGAAUCUCUCUUUCAAUCUCCUCAGCGUGUCUUGUGUUUUGGUAGAUAAUGAAUCGCACGCCAGCUUUUAUUUUUAACUACACAAAUAUUUUAAAUAGAAUUAAAACGAAGAAGCUGUUUAAAAUUUCGUUAUCAAACUGUGCCCAGCCACCGGAACUAGUCUAAGCUGUUUUCUCAGUAAACAAGAAUACUUUCUGUACACGCCGGCUUUUGUAGUGCCGUGAAUUUUAAUUAAAGUGU